AUGGGCACAGAAGGGUCACUAUUUGGGAAAUUAGCUAUUGACACGAGCUUACUGCUUUUGGAUACAGGGCUGGUGCUGUUGAAGGCAAUAGUGAUUGUGAUGGUGAUGAUGUUGAUGUUUGUGUUUCAGGAUAUAGGUCCAGGGCCUCCAACCUCCUUCACAGAGAGCAAAAUAAUCUGUCAUCAAAACAAAAGCACAGGAAAGUCGAGGAGAUCAGAGCAAGACCACUAUGAAACAGACUACAUGACAGGCGGUGAGUCCUGCGAUGAGCUGGAGGAGGACUGGAUCAGGGAAUAUCCACCUAUCACUUCAGAUCAACAAAGACAACUCUACAAGAGGAAUUUUGACACUGGCCUGCAGGAAUACAAGAGCUUACAAGCAGAGCUUGAUGAGAUCAAUAAAGAACUCUCUCGUCUGGAUAAAGAACUGGAUGACUAUAGAGAAGAGAGUAAAGAGUACAUGGCUGCUGCUGAUGAAUACAAUAGACUGAAACAAGUUAAGGGAUCUGAAGAUUACAAAAGUAAGAGUAAUUACUGCAAGCAGUUGAAGAGCAAAUUGUCACACAUUAAGAAGAUGGUUGGAGAUUAUGAUCGACGGAAAACAUAG